AUGGAGCCAUUUUCAACAAACCUAUUAACUAUUUUGGUACUUAUUUGUUUAUCAUGGACAGGUGUAAUAUUUAUUGCCGUUCUAAUUCUUUUCAUUUUUCUUAUUUGCCAAUCAUGUUCAAAACGUCGUCGACUUAAAUCUAUUGAUCCAAUACAAAAAUAUCCAUCAGGAACAUCUAUUUCAAGGGAUACUGGUUCUCGAACAAUAACAUCUUCACCAACGCAAGAUUUUGAUAAUAGCAUUGAUCACCAUAAAAAAUCAGGACAACAUCAACGUAUUCAUAAUACAAUCAGUGUUAAGAAUGAGCAUGCUAAUUCUUAUAAUAAUAAUAAAAAAAGUCAACAAAAAAUAUAUACGAAUGACAAAAAUGACAAGACAACAACAAUGAAUGAAUAUCGAACAUUUAAUCAAAAUUAUCAAGAACGACAAUAUCAACCAAUUGAACCAAUAAAUUAUUUUACAGCUGUACAGCGAUCCACACCAUAUCCACAUGAUGUUAUUGUUCGUGAAAAAUUAAUGCAUAAUUCUCGACUUAAAAUUGCCAAUCAUUUCUAA